AUGCCAAUUUACCAUCUGAUCUUUGGCCAGAGACUUGAAAGCAGCAGUGUUUUUGCACAACAGAUCGCCCAUGCAGAACCACAGCUUCGAACGCCUUUCCAGCUGCUUCAUCAGUGGCUGCGAGACAACAACAGAGACAUAGGCUACCAGCAAGACCAGCCUGACAUCACGUUUCUCAAGGCAUACGGCUGCAGAGCCUAUCCCUUGACACCCCAGGCCCUUCAGAACAGACAGAAGAAGGACCUAAAGACCGACCCUCACACAGAAAUCGGUUAUCUCGUUGGAUAUGAUUCCACGAACAUUUUCAGGAUCUGGAUUCCGUCCACAUCAGAAGUCCGAAGGGUCCGAGAUGUGACCUUCAAUGAAAGCAUCUUCUAUGACGGAAAUGAUCAGCCACCAGAACCUAUCCCACAGCGCGUGGAAGUACAGCUUCCAGCCCACAUCGAGGACGAGUCGGAUUACGAGGAAAUCCCCACUCAAAUCGAUGAACCUGAACCUGACCCCGUUGAGCAAUCUCCCUCAACCUCAGACCAAGGAGACGCCACCACGAUUGUGGUACAACCCGAACCAUCUGAUCAUGAGGACUCGGAUGAUCAGGAUGAGUUUCAUGACAUUCAGCACCCAUAUCCGACACCGGACCCCGGUGACAAGGACACCUAUGCAGCAACCCUUGCAGGACGUUCUUUCCGGAUUCUCAUGGCCAUCACCGCCAAAUUCGACCUUGAGACCCGACAGCUCGACGCAGUUAAUGCCUUCACAAACGCCCUCUUAGAAGACGAGGAGGAGGUCUAUAAGGAACUCACUGCUGCAUUCAGAGAGCUUGGUCUUACACAGUGUCCCGACGAACCCUGCAUCUUCCAGAACGACUGGCUCACUGUUUUCUUCUUCGUUGACGAUAUUGUUUUCCUCUAUCGCAAGGAAAACGAGGACGCAGCUGAUGAGAUGGUUGCAGCCCUCAAGAGGAAGUACGCGAUGACAGACCAACGGAAUUACAAUGGUUCCUUGGUAUCAGACUCUACGUUGCUAGGGAUCUAG